AUGGACGGGGUCGCUUUCCAGGGCAUGCCCAGGAUCGCCCUCACCCCUGCAGAGGAAGCACAAAUGCCCAGGCCCCACUCCUCCGCCUCCCAGGUCGCCACCGCUGAAUCUUACUACUCGCAGAUCCCACCCAGGUCUGCCUCUCCUGGACCGUCAAGACUUGCCUUUGCACUUGGACAUCGGCCGGCCCGAUCCCCAUCACCGCAGCUGUACAACAACAACAACCUCCACGACCACUAUCAACCUCGUUCGUCCUAUUUCCAUCGCAACUCGCAUGAUGCCCACCCUCGGCCUGGAUCCCCGCUUAAUCAGGAACACCAGGACUCUUGGGACAGCAACCACCAUGUCCGUCAGCGGAUAGACUCGCCCAACGCAGUGACAGAGAGUGACGAAGAAGAUUCUGAAAACGAGAACGAUACGGAUAACCAAAGGAGGACACCUCAAUACCUGCACCGACCCGUGACGCCGCAGCGGUCCAACAGUAAAAGCAUCCUCAGUCGACUGCGGGAAACGACUAGCCGAUUGAGUCUUGGGGAUGAUUAUCGUCGUCCUUCACGUGCCAGCCAAGAAUCCAACCAGCAUGGCGACAGUGGUGGUCCUCAAACUACUAGGGAUAGCCAGGACUCUUCAGCCUCUCGGCCAGGCGAGAGCGGAGGCAAGGAGGUUUUGCAGGAUUUGUCCGACGAGGAGCGAGCGCAGGAACCAAGAAAGAGUCGAUCGGGAUGGCGGCCGUCACUGUCGCUCAUUCGCCAAGAGAACAGUACCGGAUCAUACGAAAAUAGCAACAACCUCUACCUGCAGAACAACCCAAAUCGAAUUAGUGACAUGUUGCCCUCCAUGGACCCCAACUACGACUCUAACAAUAACCCCAACAACCACGACGGCAGUAACGGUCAGGUCAAGAAUAACUCUCGCAAGAAGAGCUCCAAGGCCAGCAAGAAGAAGCGUCGGCGACAGAAGAAGCGGCGAGCAGAGAAACUGGCAGCAUUACAGAGACAGCAACAGCUAUAUGAUCAACAACUGGCAGAACAGGCCCUCUAUCUCCCGGAACUCCCUCAGGUCCUCGAUAAGAAGACACGAUACCCUCUGAGCUAUGACGACUUUGAGGCGUUCCUACGGAGUCAACGCGCAGUCGAGUAUCUUAAUUUUUGGACAGAUGUUACGGCCCAUGAACGACUUUGCAGGACAUUUGAUGUUUCCGAGCGGCGGCAAAAGCGUGAACAGCAACUCGAAGAGCGGGCUAUCGCUAGAGACAAGAGGCGAAUCACCCUGUUGGCAGCCAUGGAGUCAGGAAGAAUCACCCCAGAUCCGGAACUCUUGACACAAGGAUUUGGAGUAGGCACGGGUAUCGGGAUCGGCGGCAGUGGACAGGACAUUGAAGGAUCUAAGAUUGACUCUGCAAGUCGAUCCAGUCUUCAGCUACCCUUGAACGACCAUCUUUCUUUUCCGCCAGAGAGUCGUCGAUAUGGCAUUCAUGAUUCUUCGGCCCCUUUUUCUCCAGCUCCUCCACCUCACUCGGGCUAUUUCCAAGGUGUUGCGGUCGGGGAUGCAUACAAUCGACAAUUGGCUGGUGCUGGCGCUGGCCGAACGUCGAAUGAGAUAAACAGACCGUCACUGGAAGAGGCCCAUAUCUCUGAACAGGAUGCCGCAGUGGCUGCUGUUGCUAUGAGGGCUCAACAAAACGGAUUGAUGCCUACCAGCCAAAGUCGGGAAGACACUCGUCGUGGCUCAUUCGACUAUUACAGACCUCUUCCUGGAGCUGUUCCUGGUGGGAGCGCACUGUCGGGUGUACGGUACCUUCAGAACAACAACAGCAAUGGCUUUGUCGGCGGGCCUCUAACCAGCUCAUACUCAGCACCCAAUGCCUACAACCUACUAAUGCGUGGUCGCGGAUCGGUGGAUGCGAUGGCCCGGUCCAACUCGAGGAACUCUAGGACUCGCCCUGCGGCCACGGAAGACUACUUCGGAAACGGCAUCCGGGGUGUGACUUCUCAGAACUUUCAAUCACCUCAAACACCACCUCAACUCAGCCACCAUCACCAACAGCAGGAAGAAAGCGGUGUGCCAUCUGCGGUGUCACAGCCUGACCAGGAUGUUCUCCAGGACGAACAUGCGACUGGCAUCAAUAGACCGCAGCAUCCUGGUUUGCGGCGACAGGAAUCUCAGCUCUCGAUUGCCUUCACCGAGCCCGAUCUUCACCAACGCCCCUCGCUGGCCAGAUAUGGUGGUACUGGCCCACUUCAAGCGUCACCCAUGAUUCGUCGUUCUGGCGAGAGCGCCUAUGCUCCCAGUCUCUACAGUAUGGCCACGGAGGGUCGAGCUUUGUUGGUUCAGAGUUUCCGCACUAUUGGUCUUGAGGAUGUUCAGGAAUCAGCGCUGAGGAUCUACCGCAAGUAUUUGAUACAACUCCGCACGGCUUCUAUGGCAGCAGAGGAGGAGGCAGCGGUGUUUGCGGUCGCCAAGGAGAACAGUGGCGGUCGGAAGGAUGGACUGAGCCGCCCCAGCCUGGAAAAGUCACUUGCGCCAGGAUGGGAUGGGUAUGCCGAGGAGGUCAUCGCCGAGUGGAAUGAAAAGUGGAAGGGUCGGAGCCGGGAAGCACGGAGGUCAAGGCGGUUGACGAGAGUAAGGAGGACCUCCUCUGGGCGAAGUGCUGACGGCGACAACAGCGGACAGCCUAGCACUGUUGGAGACGAAGAUGGUCCGCAAGAUCAUACUGAUGACGCAAGUCAAGGACAUGGCCUUACAAUCAACACACAAUCCAAGGCUCCAACUCCAGAGCAUGGUCAUCGCAAAGGAGGACGUGACGACCACGGUGAUGAGGAGGACGACGACUAUAGGAGCGAUGGCGGCUACGACCAUGAGGAUUAUGAGGAUGAUGAUCACGAAGGCAAGGAGCACGAUGAUUAUGAGUUGGAUGCGACCCGUGGACGACGUGAAAAGUCCUCGGCACCCUCAAGCCCUCUCAGCCCUCGAAUGAGAAAGCGAACAGGAACAGGACUCAGCGCCCUUUUGAACCCACUCCUGACUCGGCUCAUGCGCACGGAAACGACGGUUGUGGAGCUGCCCACUUUGACCAUCAAUACAACGACGAUUGAGGAGGCUGCCGUUCUGGACAAUUCGGAGGAGGAUGACUCUGAUGAUGAUGACGAGGAGGAUGAGGAUAGUGAUGAUGAGGACGAAGGGGAUGACGACGAGGAAGAGAACGACAAUGACCAGAAUGGUGGCCCUAUUGACAAGUUCAGGACUCGUCAGCCUCAAGCUCAGCAGGAGAUUCCGGUUAUCACCAAGGAUUCGCCACCAUCAUCACUAAGAUCUAAGCAGGAAGUCGAGGUGGAGGAAGUUGUGGUUGAGGAGGUCGUUGACCGAUCUAUGCCCACCGCUGCCAUUGUCUCCCCACAAAGCCUUGGUGCGGAAUCUGACCAGAGUCAAGGCUAUGCCAGUGAUACUGAAGCACCCGAUGGUCUCCGUGCCACUGCAGCGAGCGAGGCUUCGGAUCUCCCUGAUGCUGAUGAACCCUCGAGGAAAAGCUCGAUUCCGUCGUCAUUGUCGUCUUCGUGGGACCAGAUCACCAAAAAUGAUCUCCAGAAGCAAGUGACAAUUUUGCCUCCACCUGUUACAUCUUCAACCCGCACCACUCCAUAUCAUCGUCAAGGUCUUCGUGGAGUCCGCAUGGGAACCAGGAGGGCGGCCAAGUCAGCAUCCAAGACAGCCCAUAAUGUCGGCCUUCAUCUUUCGACCUUCUGGAACAGAAACCUUCGCCAGGAUUCCGGCUCGAGCUCCUCUAGUCUUGAUGUCAUCCAGGUCACCCCAACGACAUCUCCACGCGUCAACUUUCAGUUCCAGAUUCCUGCAAUUGUGAUGGAUAGCCCUAGCUCGAACGAGAAGAGUGGGUCACUCAGAGAUCAGUCUAGCGAAAAGGUUGGCGGACUUUCCCCUCUUUCGGCGUCUGCGAGCAGCCCUAUUGUCCCACUACGGAAUGUUGUCGCAACAGGACAGCCAUCUCACGACAUGAAUGAAAAGUCGUCACUUCAUCCACCAUCCCAGUCCUUUGGAACUCCAGGAGAGUUGUCAACUACCACCAGCAAACUCAGCACUGCUCCAGCCUCGCCUCAGUCUUCGUUCGGUCAGGCGUCUACCGGAGUACCCACAACCCACUUUUCAGGAUCGUCGCCCGCUGCUGUGGCUGCCUCUGCCGCAGCUGCAGCGUUCUACCUCCCAGUGGAAUGUCGCCAGCGUAUCCACACUCAAGUCCAGGAAGAAGGUCGUACAGAGGCUCCCUACCUGUACGGACCUGCUAAGGGCUUUGUGACGGACAUCGUACUCCAGGAUCACUACUACCCCUUGUUCCUCAAGUACGUCGUGCAGCAGAACCUGGGACUCUUGACGCGUCACCAUCCCAACAAUGUGCUCAAGCGCCGUGGGAUGAUCUGGAGUGGGAUUGCCAUCUGGUUGGUAGUUUUGGCGGCGCAAUUGACGUUGGUCUUGAUUGGUCAGGGUGGAUGGAAGAGCCCUUGGGUAUAUCUUGUUGGAACCGUUGGUGGGUGGACUGGAUCGAUUUGCCUCGCGACUGGUAUUAAGCGGUUCUCGCCCCUCCUUGGAAUCGCCGGCAAAAUUUGCGAGGACAAGCAUUUGUUCAGGUUCAGAAAGGUUCUGGAGCCCUCGAUCAGGAUCCGGCAUAGGCUGAGAGCAUAUUGGAUGUUGACCUAUUGCUUCUUCUGGUCGACUGUCAUCAUGGUCAUCUUUGCAGCAUUGCCUCAGCGGACCACUUCUGAGUGA